GAACGUUUGCCGCGGAGCAAUGUCGCGACGUUCAGCCUCUUCUCCAUGCACUGCGACGUCCAAGAAGGCCAAAUUGGAAGAGCAAUUUCCGCCCAGCCAAACAUCUGAAAGCACGGGAGCGCAAGAACGCAAUUUUGAAGUGGAGAAAUGCGAGGUCAAAGAAGAAAGCUUUCAGGAUGUCCCAGAGGUUGAGAGCUCAAAGACUCCGUCUCAAUACGAAGUUUUCCAAAGUUCGAAUUCAACAAAGGCACAAGUUGAAGCAAUUGAGUCGAAUCACUGGAAGAAUGUCCUAACGGAAAAGCAACGGGCAGAAUUUCGGACCCUGCCGGACAGCGUAAGAUGUGAGAUCGGUCUCAAGCUCAAGGGCAGUGAUCGCGGUAAAGAACGCUUUGUGCAAUUCUUUGAGCGGUACCUGCAGAGGGACAGACAAACCCAUUCAGAAUCUGACUAUUACUUUGAGACCAAACCUGCUCAAAUGCAAAUGACUGGGUCAUCCACCGGGUACAAAGUGAAUGGGUUUCAGACAAGGAUCUGCACUUCAGCACUGUACAAUCGCAGCUUUGUUGGCACCGUUUUCACUAACAAGGAAGGGGCGGAAAAUUCUGCUUGCCUCAUCUUCUUUCUGGAUGAAGAGGUUUCCCGCAUCAAGGAGAAACUUGUACCAGCUUCGAAGAAAGUGCAGUUGUACGUUGCCAAUAAGAUCUUUGGGAGUGAAACCAAGAAACGGCUAGUAGAGCAUGGUUUCAUUUUGAAAACUGUGAUUGAAGAGGCAAAGCAAGACUUGCUCAGGGCUGAGGGCUGCAGAUCGGCACUGUGGGAUGGUAAUGCUUGACCAAGCAACGCAGUGCAUGUGUUGGCUGUAGGUAUUUGUAGUUGUUGAUCGAUGGUCAACGCCGCAAAAGAGGAGCAUGAC